AACUCAGGGGCCGAGGCAUCCCUGUGUUCUCUCUGAUGAAGUCUCCGCAGGGGGAGACGAGCCUGGGAAACUAGGUAGUGUUGCAAAAGUAGACAGUGUAACAGCAGCGUGCACUUCCUGUGCCCGGAAGAGCGGAAAGCAAUUGUCACAUAGUUUGCUUUUUAGAUUGCCCAGAAGUAAAAAACCUGCUCUCCGCUUAGCAUCAGCCCUUGACCGUCGCUAUCUUGCAGCUUUCUGUGUUUUCCAGAAAUGCCAGCCUUGUCCCCUGAGGGGGUAUUGAGGGCAGCUGCCCGAAGAAAUGUAACAUUGUUAGGUGUGGAUGGAUGGCAGGGAGCCCCUUCCCGAGGGAGACCUUCUGGGAGCCCCAGCGUCACUAGCACGGGCCAGAGAGUUGCUGCUCAGGAACCUGCCUCUUUCAGGGCUGACCAGGAGAUAAACGGCAUCACUGCGGCACUAGCUGAGGAACUCUUUGAAAAAGGAGAACAGCUCCUGGGGGCUGGCGAGGUCUUUGCCAUCGGGCCCCUGCAGCUGUACGCGGUCACUGAGCAGCUGCACCACGGAAAGCCCACGUGUGCCAGUGGGGACGCCAAGACUGACCUCGGGCACAUCCUGGACUUCACCUGUCGCCUUAAGUACUUGAAGGUUUCUGGCACAGAAGGACCAUUUGGAACCAGCAACAUUCAAGAGCAACUCCUGCCUUUUGAUCUGUCAAUAUUCAAGGCUCUUCACCAGGUGGAGAUAAGUCACUGUGGUGCCAGGCACAUCCGGGGACUCGUCGCGUCAAAGCCCACCCUAGCCACAAUAAGCGUCCGCUUCUCCGCAACCUCUAUGAAGGUGAGCUCCACCCGUUUCCUGCCGGGGCAUGAGGGGCAGGGUCCUGCGCUGAUGUGCCGCGCUCCUCCGUGCUGAGGGCCGGUGUGAGCGUCCCAGCUGUUGCCGGACACUGGAGGUUGGACCUGCCCGCUGGGCGGCCGCACACUCAUGCGGAUCCUCCCACCGCUUGACAGUCCCCGGGACGCUGUGGUCUGUGUCUUCGUCAG